AUGCUCGAUAAUUUCGUACUUUCCAUUCAUAUUUUAGCUAUGAACAACAAUGGCAACCAAUCUCACGAACAAUCAACUUCAGAUUCUCACCAAAUAGCUAUCCCUAAUUUCGUUCAGUUUUGGCUUAUUCUACCAUUUUACAUUCCAUCCGUAGUCUGUUCUCUAUUUGUUGUCUAUUACUUCAUCACUGUUCGAACUCUACGAACAGCACUUCACAACCAUGUCAUCAUUAUUCUACUCUCCAUCAAUCUCGUCGUACAGCUCACUGGAAUGCUUUGGAACCUCAUUUAUUACUACCAAAAUCAUGUACUUUGGUCAAUACCUGUCUUUUGCAUCGUUUGGAUUACAGUUGACGAAGGACUACACAUUUCAGUUACGAUAUUUUUUGCUUGGGCUGCUAUCGAACGCCACAUUCUCAUAUUCCACGAUCGACUUGUUUCCACUCGUCAAAAGACUAUUCUUUUUCACUACCUUCCCAUGUCCACCAUCUUUCUCUAUUUGAUCUGCUACAUCUUCGUUGUCAUCAUCUUUCCACCAUGUGUAAACACUUAUGACUAUGAUCAGCUAGUGUGUGGCUAUCCGCUCUGCUAUUAUGAACUGAGACUGUUGACGGUGUGGGAUGUAGUAGUCAAUCACAGCGUCCCGAUCUUUUUGAUCAUCGUGGGUAGUGUUGGUCUUCUACUGCGUAUCGUACAUCAGAAGAGUCGCAUGCGUCAGCCGAUUCGAUGGCGAAACUACCGAAAACUAACGAUCCAACUGUUGUCCAUCUCAUUUGUGUAUUUGAUUUUGCACACGCCACACACACUAAUGGAGUUUAUGUACUUGUGUGGCAUUCCUGAAGAAGUGGGAGCGGAUUUCAUGAAUUAUGCCGAGUUUUUCUCAUACUACAGCAACUUAUUAUUGCCAUUUAUAUGUGCAGGAUCAAUACCAGAACUGAAAACGAAAGUGAAGCAUCUACUAUCAUGGUGUGGACGAUCAACACGAACAGUGCAUCCUCAAACAUAG